AUGCUCCCCCACUGGCUUGAAAUCAUUGUCUUCGUAACAGCGGGCUUGUCCAUGCCAGUGUUUUAUAAAUACAUCAAAAUUCUCUUUCACGAUAUUCCAGGAAAGAAACACCACAUCAUUCCAAAACGUUAUAUCGUGGCUCUUCUUGGAUUUCUUGGCCUCGCGUGUACUUACGCAAUGCAAGUGGAUGUGAACGUAGUCAUCUUAGCCAUGAGUAGUUCCAGUCGAGAUUCGGGUCGAAAUACAACCUCCUCUUACGUAGAAUGCCCGAUGCUCCAAGAAACGGGAAAGAAAUCAAUAACUGAUAAAUAUCCAGGACCGCGAUACGAUUGGAGCCCCAAAGAACAGGGCAUCAUUCUUGGCUCAUUCUACUACGGUUACCUCUUUACCAUCUUGCCUGGCGGAUACCUUGCUCAAAAAUUCAGUCCGAAGUGGGUGUUCGGAUUGGGAGUAUUUUUCUCCGCCAUGCUGAGUUUGCUCACUCCCACUGCCACAGCGAUGGGCGUCAUUGCGCUUGUCACGCUUCGAAUAUUACAAGGUUUAUCUCAGGGAGUGACGAAACCAGCCAUCAACGCUAUCAUUAGUCGUUGGUCUCCCAAACUAGAGAGAAGUAGGUUCUCCACCUUUACGAUGUCCGGCGGGCUUAUAGGCAGUGUCAUCGCGAUGCCCUUAUCAGGAGUGAUCAGCAGCUGUUCCACCCUUGGUGGAUGGCCCACAGUCUUCACUUUCUUCGGAAUUCUUGGCUGCGUUUGGUUUGUAUUCUGGCUCUAUUUCAUUAAAGACAGCCCAUUAGAUCAUCCAAAUAUAUCUUUAACGGAGUUUCAAAAGUUUGACCGAACUAUAGAAGAAAUCACCACUAAGAGACGAGAAGUUCCUUGGAAGGAGAUCUUCACAUCUCUCCCAGUGUGGGCAGUGAUAGUGGCUCAUUUUGGAAGUGGAUUUGGAUUUUUAACCCUUUUCACGGAAUUACCCAACUACAUGGAGAAUGUUUUGCACUUCAAUAUCAGAGAGAAUGGAGAAAUAUCAGCUUUGCCAUACAUUGUUCAAGCACCGACAGCAUGGAUGGCAUCCUAUCUUGCAGAUUACUUGCGUAAACGCGAAGUGCUCAGUAUUACGAAUAUUAGGAAGGUUUUCAAUUCAGUAGGAACUUUUGGUUCUGCAUUUGCCAUAACUCUGGUGACAAUAUCAGGUUGUCGCCCGAAACUAGUAAUCGGACUGAUUUGCUUAGCAAUGGCCCUAAAUGGUUUCUGUUACUCCGGCUACCAUGUCACACAUGUGGACAUGAGUCCAUAUUUUGCAAGUACCUUAUUUGGUAUUACUAGCACCGUUGCAUUUGCCUGCGGAAUAUUUGCGCCAUCAUUAGUAGGCUUCUUAACAUCGGACAAAGAAACUAUCCCAGAAUGGAACAGAGUGUUCUUCACAAUCGUAUUUGCUUACAUGAUUUCCGGAAUUUUCUUCAGUUUGUUUGCAUCAGCGGAAAAACAACCUUGGGACAACGACGAUGAGGACAAUCACAGAGAUAUCGCAAUAAUCAAGUAA